AUGCCUCAACUGUGCGAAAAUCUGUCUUGUUGUAUAUGUUACCUCAUAUAUUCCUUCCUUCCUUCCUUCCUUCCUUCCUUCCUUCUUAAUCUGUUCAUAUCUAUCUAUGUAUCUCAGACUGUUCGCAUCUAUCUAUCUAUCUAUCUAUCUAUCUAUCUAUCUAUCUAUCUAUCUAUCUCACCGUGUUCAUAUCUAUCUAUCUAUCUCAGACUGUUCGUAUCUAUCUAUCUAUCUAUUUUUCUAUCUAUCUCACCGUGUUCAUAUCUAUCUUUCUCAGACAGUUCGUAUCUAUCUAUCUAUUUUUCUAUCUGUCUAUCUCACCGUGUUCAUAUCUAUCUAUCUCAGACUGUUCGUAUCUAUCUAUCUAUCUAUCUAUCUAUCUAUCUAUCUAUCUCACCGUGUUCAUAUCUAUCGAUCUCAGACUGUUCGUAUCUAUCUAUCGUUUUUUUUCUAUCUCUCUAUCUCACCGUGUUCAUAUCUAUCUAUCUAUCUAUCUAUUUCUAA